CGGCCGUGCGCGCCAGCAGUUAGACUGCAGUGGGUGGCUGUGCCGUGGUUUACGAAGCGCUCUUCCUCAUCACUUCUCUACCUCUAGCGACAUGUCGGGCCGCGGCAAGACCGGCGGCAAGGCCCGCGCCAAGGCCAAGUCGCGUUCGUCGCGCGCUGGCCUCCAGUUCCCCGUGGGCCGCGUACACCGGCUGCUGCGGAAGGGCCACUAUGCUGAGCGAGUGGGAGCUGGCGCGCCGGUGUACUUGGCGGCUGUGCUCGAGUACCUCACCGCAGAGAUCCUAGAGCUGGCGGGCAACGCGGCCCGCGACAACAAGAAGACGCGCAUCAUCCCCCGCCACCUGCAGCUGGCCAUCCGCAACGAUGAGGAGCUCAACAAGCUGCUGGGUGGCGUGACGAUUGCCCAGGGAGGCGUCCUGCCUAACAUCCAGGCCGUGCUGCUGCCCAAGAAAACCAGCGCCUCCGUGGGGCCGAAGGCGCCAGCGGGAGGCAAAAAGGCCACUCAGGCCUCUCAGGAGUACUGAGGGGCGCCCGCGCCGUCGCCGGCCUCCCGGCCCUCCCUGUGCCACCACAAAGGCCCUUUUAAGGGCCACCACAACCCUCAAGGAAAGAGCUGAGCCACGGCGGUCGGCUGCCGCUGGCUGCCCCCCACCCCGCGCGGGCUCGCAGGUGCCCGCUCGGGUUCUCUGACUGGGAGCGGCUGUUGAGCGACGGCUCGGCCCGGGGAGUGUCCGGCGCUGUGACUCAGCCACCCUGCCCUCGGAGUCGCUGACGGCCAGCGGUGAGGCCGCGGCACUUUCUGGGAGGCCGGGCCUACUCCUAUGACGUAGGGCUGAGGUGAGCCGCCCGGAAGGUGAGUCGCCGGCGGAGCCUCUCAGCACUACUCGCUCGUCUGCUCCAGCUCGGUGCUUGGGCCGCCACCUCAGACAUGGCUGUUGACUUGCAGGCUCUGGUGGGGGAAACAUUGAUCCUUAAAUUCGUUAGGGCGCCCCCUUUCCUGCCAGAUCCCGGGCUUUUCCAAUCCGCUUCCUCCAUCUUCACUAGGCCUGUGCGUUGCGGCCACGACAGACGUAAUGUGCACACUUUCCCCAGAGAAGAGCGCCUUGCGGGGAGAGGCUGGGGGAGGGCCGAGGCCUCCUGCCGGGCUUCCGAACGGGCUGUGUGGACUGCAGGGCUUGUGUGUAACCCAGACGCUGAGGGGCAGCCGGGCCUCGCUAAUCCUCCGCUUUGCUCCCGCCAGUCCA